GCGGUCUUCAGGAGAGAGGUCUGCUCAACCAGUCAGUGUGUCAGUCUCUGCAGGAGUUUGCAGAGACUGUCUGCAUCCUGAUGUGAAGGGAUUUGUGGCCUGACUGGGCAAAGUUGUUUUUAUGCUCGUGAAGUUUCCAAGCAUUUCAAUACUUUGAAAAGUUGAAGAAUUCCUUCCAGCGCCUUGUUCCUGGAAGAAGCGAUGCCCCACCACAGAGUUCUUCACCUGGUCCUGCUGGCACUCGCUGGAGUCCUGGUCCCUGCUGUGCUAACAGCAGAGCACCCACAGGGGCCAGUCCCCACACUGUGGAACGAGCCACCGGAGCUACCUUCGGGAGCAGGCCCCUUUGACACUACCACCGCAGCCCACGUCUCCGACUCCACAGGCUUCCCCCCUUACACCUCGGAGUAUGAACCCAAGGACACAACCCACCUCCACCGGCUGGAUGAUGGGAAUGGGGCUCUGGGUCCUGGAGCUAUCGGUGCCAUUGUCAUUGCCGCUUUCCUGGGCACGUCUGUGAUCGUGGCCUUGAUUGUCAUCACUCUGCGGAAAUUCUCGGCCUCCUGAACUCAAUAAAAGUCUUUUCAUAAGAACUGUC